AUGACUUGUAUACUGUUGGCAGUAAUGCAAAUUGUUACAACUUUAGAGGAUAAUGUGAUAGCAGCUAGCAAAGCUGAAAAUGCGCAUCAACCUAUGGCCCAGCAAUUCCACCUACAGGUUACAACAAUUUACAGGCUUCAAAGUUCACCUUGCAAACUUGAAGUAAAUUAUCAGAAACCAUUAACGACAUUAGGGUUUUCUUUAAAAGUGGACACAAGGAAGAAAGUGUUCGCCCCGCCGAUCUCCCCUUCCCGCUUUAGGGGGAGUCCCAGGAGUCGCGAACUCGGGGGCGGGGGCGCAGAGAAGAGGGGACUCCCUGCUGUGCCUCCGGCGUCUCGGGCCGAGCAGGCAGGAGCCCCCGCCAGGGUGGUCCCACGCCAAGGCAGAGGGAGCGGGCAGGGCCUGCCAGCGUUCCCCCCGGGGGACAAAGGUUGGGCUCACGCCCUGCGCCGCCAGCCCGCGGCUCCCGCCGCCUGGAGACGCCAGCAGAGCAGCCGCCGGUCCCGCCCGGGCAGUGCGAGCGGCGGGUGGGGGAGGGGACAAGCCCCGCCGCCCCUCCCCCGACGCGCUCCCGGGGACCUGUUGAUUAAGAUCUCUACACAGAGCCGCCGCUGGUCCUCUUACCUCUGCGCCACGGCGGCCGGCGAUCCUCCCGCCCCGGCCGCUCCCACACACUGCACAAACGACAGCUUCCCUGCGGCACUUAAAAUACCGGAUAAAGAACCCAGAAACUCCCGAUUCCCCACCUCACAAUCCUUAGACCCCGCCUGCGCCCCACCGCCAGUCGCCGCCGUCACCGCCGCCACCGCCGCCAGCAACUCCGCCUCGAGACCGCGCGAGACCGGCCCCCGCGGCCGCCGCGAGACCGCGCACGCGCCCCCGGCACGCUGGCGCAGCGGGCGCGCCUAUCCCAGUUCCCUCCUCGGCGCGCCCCGCCCGCUGUUAGGCCCGGAGGCUGGCGCGGUUCGCCCAAUCCCGCGCCGGCGUGGAGGGAGGGCCCACUCGUUGGUCCGCCCCGCAGCCCCGAGCCGUGGGUCGCGCGCACUCGCGCGCCUCUAAGUGAGACGCGAGCUGCUUUUUGCUCGUCCGCGUGAGGCGACCGAUUCGAGAUUGAGCCGCCCGGCCGAGCCGUGUGGGGACGUGAGAUUUCCCUGAGACUUAGUCCGACGCGGGCUGUAGUCGGGAGAGCCCUUGACCUUAGUCUCCCUGACUGCCCGUCAGUCAGCUCCUGAAGCAAAUCUGAUUCCCGUUGAGGCAACUCCAGUGUUCUGUGAGGCACGUCACACAAUCUAACAUUUGUUUAAAGAACCAUGACAUACUUAAACACCUGGAUAUGUGUAGCGUCCCACAGAAUUCUCUGUUACGGCAGAAAACUCCAAAAAGCUAGCAGCUAGGACCGAGUUCUGAAAAACGGAAAGGAAGAAGGGCCACAGCUGUUUCACAAAACUCGAGUGAAUGCAUUAGUUACCUGGGCCACCCCGUAUGCAGUGCAAGGAAAUCCACAAAAAGUCUCCAGGACUCCUUAGAAACGAAGAAGAAGAAGAAGAAAAAGAAGAAGAAGAAGAAGAAGAAGAAGAAGAAGAAGAAGAAGAAGAAAAGGUAUAGAAAGUGGAGGUAAGGUGAUUCUAUUUGAGUUGUAGUUUUGAUGAUAACUAGUUCUGUGAUUUGAUGAUAACUACUUCUGGGAUACAUGACAAGAUUCCUGGGCCUAAAUUUUCUCAUCUGUAAUAUGUUUCUUGUUUCCGGGUCUUGUUUGUUUGGUUUUAGAUUUAAAAUUCUGGUAGCCUCUGUAUAUGGAAUGUAACAUGGAUGGCUUAGGGGGCUAGAAAAUAUAGUAUUCAUCCUUAAAAAAGAAUGAAAUGGGUAAUCUGUGGUUUAAAACCUCAAAAGAGUCAUUCAUUCUUGUCAUAGGGAAGUUCACCCACUGAAUCACUCUGGCAAAUUUGUAACUAAGUAUUUUGGGUGAAGUAGUAAAAGGCAAACUGUAAAGUCAAGUGUACAGUGGAAAGUAAUGGCAGCAAAUACCCUUCUGCCUUCCUUAUUUUGGCAUCUGCCAACAGCCUCUGUUAUAUGUUUAUAUGAUAUGUUAUACUAUUUUAUUUCAUUAAAGUCUUGAGGAAAUAUGUUAAUAUUUCAUUUCAGACAUUUGCAACAGAUCUGAAAUCUCAAUUUUCAAGAUUCUACCAUUCACCAUUAUAUGGGAAAUCCUUAACUAAAGGAUAUAAUCAAUAUCCCUCUGGUUUUCUUACCUCUAGGCACUAGUGAAAGCUGUUUCCAUAACUGAGUUGGCAGCCUAAUCUCUAUAAUUGUAUGAACCAGAGAUCAGAAAUAAUGUAAACUAAAAGAAUACUCACUGAUUCAUGUAUGUUAUGAAAUAAGCAAUUAGUAGGUGAGUUCAUUAUUAACUACAUAUAUUUAAAAAGUAUAAAAUAGCCAAAAAAAGCAAACCAACAGGGGUGCCUGGGUGGCUCAGUUGGUUAAGCAUCUGACUUCAGCUCAGGUCAUGAUCUCAUGGUCUGUGGAUUGGAGCCCCAUGUCAGGUUCUGUGCUGACAGCUUGGAGCCUGGAGCCUGCUUUGGAUUCUGUAUCUCCCUCUCUCUCUCUGCCCCUCCCUACCACCCCGUGCAUUUGCGUGCGCACUCUCUGUCUGUUCUCUCUCAAAAAUAAAUAAACAUUUAAAAAGUUAAAGAACGCAAACCAACAAGCCCUGAAGUUUUUGAAUUUCAUUAUGUUUAGUUAUUAUUUUGAUGUGUUUCUUCACCUUUCAUCUAGCUAAAAAAAUUAUGUCUCUAAGCUAAAAGCAUUAUGCAGUUGUUGCCAUGCGGAAUGAGAGGUCCCACUGUCUAAGGUUAGCGGCAGUAUUAUUUAAUACAGGUCAGUAUCAUUCAACUCAAAUAGCUUUACUAUUCACACAUUAAUUCAAAAAAUAUAUACUGAUACUUGCUGUACUGUAAGGAAUUAAAACGUGACAGUUCUCAUCCGGGAGGAAUUAACAGGCAGCUUGGGAAAGGGACAAGACAAUCCCAUAUAGAUAAAAUACAUUAGGAAAGUAUGGCAAAUGAAAAUAAGGUGUUCUGUGGACUCAAAGGUAAAGUCUUAUACUAUGUAAUGAUGGGUGACAAAGAAAGGAAUAGAGAAUAAACUAUUAUGAAAAUACCUUCAAUAAUAGAAAAACCAAGGUCUUGUACAUGACUUUAAAAAGAUGAGUAAAAAACGUUUAUCAAUUUAAAUAGGUGAAGUACGCAAAGAAAAGUAUGGGCUUAUUAUGGGAACAACAAGUAUCAACCAUAAUUUCAGGGUAAGAUAUUCAGUAUUUAGGAUGUGAGUCAUUUAUCACACUUUCAUUUGUACCUUACUGGAUGGUUCUGUGCCAGGCUGGGGAUGAGUAGACACAUAAAACAUGGUCCUGGAAAAAUUUUAUUUUGAAGAGAGGAGGUAGACAAAUUCGGAGCUUUGAAAAAAAAUUUUUUAAUUUAUUUAUUUUGAGAG